UCGUCGUCGUUUUCGCCUCUCGCAGAAAAAUGGAUAAAUAUCCGCGCGACAUUCACGAACGAGCUAUUCGAAAAACCGUACCGAAACCAGAAACAACGAGCCGAUAACGCACGAUUCGCACCGACUACCAAAAACGAAAAAACACGAACGAAAACACAAAAAGGCGGGCACUCAAAAAAAUAUUUCCGCAAAAUUUCCGGUCAGUUUUAUUUUUUGGCCAUAUUAUUUAUUACACCGGUUCGUUACCAUAUUUUAGUGACUUGGUGAAAAACUGGACACAGUGUUUUUUUUUUGUCGCGAAAGACUUUAUUUUAAUUUGAUUUUCGGACGCAAACGUAGAUCCCAAUCCAGACUCCUGGAAGCGCUGUUCAACCAAUCAGAGGAGGACCAGGGUGACCCCAGAGGCGGCCUACUCGAAGCUCUAGAGCCCAACGACUACGAAACCUUCCUCCUCAACUACAAAUAGACUGCUCCAAGCGCUCCAAAAGACGACACACAAACGAGAAAACGAUAGCUUACCAACUUAAGGCUCUAAGUAAUAAUUUGACGAUUCCUUUCCAAGAUUAUUUAUUGUUCAACAAUAUAAAUUAUUGCCUGUAACAUAAUAUACAGUAGAAUUACCAAAGAAUCAGGAAGAAUGUUCGGGCUAAAUCAAUGGAUGAGCAAUAAUUUUGUUGUGUGUACAUAGUCGAAACUUGGUAAAUCAACUGUAAAAACUUGGCAACUACAGUUAUUAGAGAUAUUACAAGUAUAAAGUCAUGUCAAAAUUAAGUUAAGAUACUUAUUAAUUUUGAACAAUUUUAUGUAAAUCUUGAAGAAAAAAUGAAAUCAACUUAUAACGUUUAUUUCUUGGUGUAGUUGAAAAUCCAUUUCGUUAUACAGGAUGUCUUUAAAAUAAGUGCAAAUAUUUUAAGAGGUGGUAGAGGCAAAAAAACGAAUUUUCUAUUUAUCAUUUUUCAUAUAAAUGAAAAUUACAGAGUUAAUAAAUAACUUCUAUACAUUUGGGGCAGAUUCAUCUCUUCAAAAAGUCCUAUAGGUAUAAAGCGAAACGCUGGGUCGGCGCGGCGUUUACAUGUAACUAUAGAAGUGAAUCGCUAUGGCAAUCUAGUAAGUCGGAGAGAGCAAAAAUUCGAAGUAUUUAUUACAUAAUCAUUUAAUCUGACGCUAGAUUCCAUGCGCUUGAGAAAAUACUUGUCUUCUGUCUUUAUUCAGUACAUCUUAUUUUACUAAGCGUGUUGAACGUACUCUUCGUACACACGAAAAUCGGCACCCAAGACCAGAAAUGCCGACCCUAGUAUAGGUACCACAUAGGUGCCACAUGCACUUUUAAAUUACUUUAUUUUUUUUUAAUUAGCAGUUAUCAGCUGUUAUUACUUAUUGAUUCCCCCUGUAGACAUAAGAGCGGAUUUGAUGGCCAUCAUAAGAACAUUUUUGAAUGUGCACUCGUCGAAGCUCAUAGUAUCUUGAUAAUAUGGCAACAUAUUAUCAAGAUACUAUGUUUUUAAAGAAAUAUUAAAAAAAUCAAAAUAAAUUCAUAGAUAAAAACUCAUAGAAAUAUACCACCUCUAAAAAUAUGCACUUAUUAAAACUCACCCUGUAUAAUCAAAGUGUUCUAUGAUAAGAGCUUUGUUGGUAAAUUUUAAUUGUAUUGAAGUACUCAUUAUUUAUGUCUGACUGCCAACAUCUACUUGUCUAUAUGGAAUAUGAUUGUCUGUAUUUUUUAUUUUUGAUAUAAUAUAAGUUACCAUUAAUAACAAGCAACAUUUGAUUCCUAUGUUAUAGUUACUACUACUUAUAUUUAAUACAAAAAUAUCUUCAAGUAUUUAAAUAAAUCAUUUGAA